AUGAGGGACUGGGAGGAAGUACUGAAUGCGUCUCUGUACAGAAACGUGACAGAUAUUCAUACCAGAAUCGAUGAAAUAGAACAUGAGCUCAACCAGUCAUUUCUUAUCAUUAUGGGUGUGCUGAUGAUGUUUAUGCAAGCAGGAUUUGCUCUCAUCGAGACCAGUUGUGCGCGGUGUAAAAAUGCCGGCAACGCCAUGUUGAAAAAUGUCCUGGAUACAUCUGUCAGUGUAAUUGCUUAUUGGACAAUUGGAUUCGCUCUCGCCUUCGGUAAAGGUAACAGUUUCAUUGGCUGGCAUGCCUACUGGGCCUCCUCGGACAUCGAAGGAGAUUACUUGGCGUUCUUUUUCUUUGAGUUCGUCUUUGCCGCCACUGAUGCAACCAUCGUUUCCGGUGCCGUUAGCGAGCGGUGUGACUUUCUUGCCUAUUUUAUCUACAGCUUUUUUAUCACAGCAUUCAUAUAUCCCAUAGUAACACAUUGGGCAUGGGCCAGUGAGGGCUGGCUGAAAGUUGGAGUCAUGUAUGACAUUAAUGGUAUUCAAGAAGCUAUAGGAUUUCACGACUUUUCUGGAAGUGGGGCCGUCCAUCUAGUGGGUGGUACUGCAGCUUUGGUAGGAGCAUUUAUACUAGGUCCUCGUAUAGACAGGUUUCAUCCGGAGACAGGCGCUGAUAUGAAUCUCAAAGGACACUCUGUACCGUUUGCCGCACUGGGCGCAUUGUUGCUGAUACCUGGAUUCCUGGCCUUCAACGGCGGCUCUCAGCUGACGAUGACCAACCCUGGAGAUAACGUCAUUAUUGCUCUAGCAAUCACCAACACCAUCAUUGCCGGCAGUAUGUCUGCGUUCAGUGCUCUUCUCGUUCGAAGGCUGGUAGGACGUAACUGGAGUGUCCUCUAUACUGUCAAUGGAAUGGUCAGCGGAAUGGUUGCAGUUUGUGGAGGCUGCGAUGUGUACAGGCCUUGGGGUGCUUGUGUUGUGGGCCUAGUCGCUGGAGCCUGCUAUAAUUUUACUUCCUGGUGGGUGACCAAACUGAAGAUUGACGAUCCUGUUGAUGCUGUUGGUGUUCACUUCAGUGGUGGAAUUGUUGGCUGUCUAGCGGUUGCUUUUCUUAGCUAUCCAAACGGUAUUCUAAUGGCCUGGGACAAGCGAUCUGGACUGAUGCUGGCUUGGCAAAUCGUUGGAGUUCUAGCGAUCAUCCUUUGGGUGGGGGUUCUGUCUGCCGUCAUGUUUGGAGCCAUGAAAGGAUUAGGCAUCUUCAGACUGUCUGAGGAAAUAGAAAGGAAAGGUUUGGAUCUUCCUAUUCAUGGCGAACAUGCAUACCCACCUGAAGCCUACGAUGACUUGGUUACACUAGACAGAAUGCUCAAGGCACUGGAAGCAGGGCAACUGACAACUACCCAAUUAGGAAACAUGGUGAAAGACGGAAAAGAUUUCAACAUGUAUGACAUCCCGGAGAUCAAGCUCACAAACUUUAUGGCUGGCAGAAAAAGAUCUAGAGGGUUAUCGAUCACACCUUCAGAAAUGGAGAUAGUUGUGAAAAACAAGGACGGAUUAUCAAGAACUAGAAGACCGUCUUACGCUCCUUCAGAGAUGGAAAUAGUUGUCAGACCAAGUUUGGAAAUGCAUGGAAGAGUUAACGAGGCGUUCGAUGAAGAAUCGGAAAGAAGACUUGAAGGGGAUGUCAACAAUUAUUCUAGACGAAAAGGACAAUAA